AUGACGAAGACUGGAAACGUAAUGGAGGAGCAGGAAGCUGUUGUUCGUCUUUCUGAACUAGAGCAGUCUCCGCCAGCAGCAGUACUGAAGUCUAUCCAGCCUUUUCUGAAUGCAGUUAUUAAACCUGAAAUUCUCAAGCAUCAAGACAAGGAUGUCAAGCUUCUUGUUGCCAGCUGCCUUUCUGUGAUAACUCGUAUCACGGCACCUGAAGCGCCUUUACUACAUUUCUUGAUGUUGCUAGGUGGGUUGGGUUUCACUUUUAAUCUUAGCUUAAUACCAUUGAUGGUGCUACAUUGGUGA